AUUUCUUCUUUCUCCAGGAAGGAAAAUGGCAUCUGUAGCAGUUGAUCCACAACUGAGUGUGGUGUCUAGGGUGGCCAACUUACCCUUGGUUAGCUCGACGUAUGACCUUGUCUCCUCCGCUUACGUCACUACGAAGGAUCAGUAUCCCUGCUUGAAGUCUGUAUGCGAGAUUGCGGAGAAGGGCGUGAAGACCAUCACCUCUGUGGCUGUGAUGAGUGCUCUGCCCAUCAUCCAGAAGCUAGAGCCACAAAUUGCUGUUGCCAAUACCUAUGCCUGUAAGGGACUAGACAGGAUUGAGGAAAAACUGCCUAUUCUGAAUCAGCCAACAAACCAGGUUUUUGGCAAUGCCAAAGGAGCUAUGACUGGGGCAAAAGAUGCUGUGAUGACGACUGUGACCGGGGCCAAGGAUUCUGUGGCCAGCACGAUCACUGGGGUGGUGGACAAGACCAAAGGAGCGGUGACUGGCAGUGUAGAGAAGACCAAGUCUGUGGUCAAUGGCAGCAUUAACACAGUCCUGGGGAGUCGGAUGAUGCAGCUGGUGAGCAAUGGCGUAGACAGUGCACUCACCACAUCAGAGCUGCUGGUAGACCAGUACCUCCCUCUCACUGAGAAAGAACUAGAAAAAGAAGCAAAAAAAGUCGAAGGAUUUGAUACCGUUCGGAAGCCAAGUUAUUACGUUAGGCUAGGAUCUCUGUCUACCAAGCUCCGCUCACGUGCCUACCAGCAGGCCCUUAGCAGGGUGAGAGAAGCUAAGCAAAAAAGCCAAGAAACCAUUUCUCAGCUCAAUUCCAUUGUUAACCUGAUUGAAUUUGCCAGGGAGAAUGUGCACUGUGCCAACCAGAAAAUUCAGGGUGCUCAGGAUAAGCUCUAUCUCUCCUGGGUAGAGUGGAAGAAAAACAUUGGCUGUGAUGAUACUGAUGAAUCUCACUGUGCUGAGCACAUUGAGUCACGUACUCUUGCUAUUGCCCGCAACCUGACUCAGCAGCUCCAGACCACAUGCUCUACCCUCCUGUCCAACGUCCAAGGGUUACCGCAGAACGUCCAAGAUCAGGCCAGUCACUUGGGUGCGAUGGCUGGAGACAUCUACUCAGUGUUCCGCAAUGCUUCCUCCUUUAAGGAAGUAUCUGACGGCUUCCUCACUUCUAGCAAGGGGCAGCUGCAGAAAAUGAAGGAGUCUUUAGAUGAUGUGAUGGAUUACCUUGUUAACAACACACCCCUCAACUGGCUGGUAGGUCCCUUUUAUCCUCAGCUGGCCGAAUCUCAGCAUACUCAGCACCAAGGUGCAGAGGACACAACCAGCCAGGAGGCCCAGCAACCUGAGCACAAAACACAUUAAACAUGUUCCUGUCACCAGUGCAUGGUGCAGCCAGCCAGAUGACACCUUCUGUUAUGUUAAAAUUAACCUGCUAGACAACUCUAAAUUGAGGAAGCAGCUGGCUAGAAAAGAGGCCCUUAAUUGUAGUAACUUCCAUUAGAUUAAGAGCUUUAAAGUGUCUGGCAUUAGCAGAUGAGUUCUGUUUACCUGGCUGGUAAGAAAAUGA